CAGUGUUACAGUAUCUCUUUCCACUACUUGUAAUUCCUUUCAUCAAUGUCGAAAUUUCACAAAGAUCCAAUCUUUUUUCUUCAAAUUUUCAUCUUUCUUAGUCAAUUUACUAAUAUUCUUUCACAAACCACAGAUUUUCCCAUAAUUAAUUGCUUUAAUAAUCAUAAAAUCACAAACUUUACUUUACACCCAAAUUCAACCCACAUUUCUUCAAUACACUACAAUCAUUUUCUCAAAUUCUCUCUCCAAAAUCUAAGGGUUGCUAAAGAUUCAACCCCAAAACCAACGGCUAUAAUUUUACCAGAGAGUAAGGAGCAGCUAGCUAACUCUGUACUCUGCUGCAGAGGAUUAUCUCUAGAGAUUAUAAUCAGGUGUGGUGGUCAUAGUUAUGAAGGUAUAUCCUCAAUUCCACGUGGCAACAACCCAUUUGUUAUCAUUGAUAUGAUGAAUCUCAACCGUGUGAUUGUUGAUCUUGAAUCUGAGUCAGCUUGGGUUGAAGGUGGUGCAACUUUAGGGGAAUUAUACUCUGCUAUUGCAGCCCACAGUAGUUAUUAUGGGUUUCCUGCUGGGCUAGGGCCCACAGUUGGUGUUAGUGGGCAUUUUUCUGGUGGUGGGAUUGGGGUUUUGGGCCGGAAGUAUGGGCUUUCAGCUGAUAAUAUGUUGGAUGUGGGCUUGAUUGAUGCUGAGGGCCGGGUAAUGGGCCGGGCUGAGAUGGGGGAGGAGAUAUUUUGGGCUUUACGAGGCGGUGGUGGCGGAAAUUUUGGGGUUGUUUAUGGGUGGAAGGUUCAACUAGUCCAUGUUCCUAAAGGGUUACUUGCUUUAGUGUUAAACAAGGCCCAAUUCAUGAGUUGGCCCAAUUAAUAUACAAGUGGCAAUUUGUUGCACCAUAUUUGGAGGAUGAUUUUCAUAUCUCAAUCUAUCUCACUUCUAGCACAAGUAAACAAGUGUAUGUUACUUUUAAAGGGCUUUAUCUUGGGUCAAGACUUGAGGCAAUGUCAAAUGUUAACCAACGUUAUUUGGAGUUGGAGAUUAGUGAAGAAGAGUACCUCGAAAUGAGUUGGAUCGAGUCUGUUUUGUAUUUCUCGGGCCUUCCUAAAGGGAGUACAGCCCAAGAUUUAAAAUCGCCGUAUUGGGCAGAUAAGUCAUACAUGAUUAUGUUCGAGAACCCAUCUCGAUUGAGGGACUAGAGGGGGCACUUGAAAUGGUUGCUAUAGAACCUAUGGGACUUCUUCUCUUGGACCCUUAUGGAGGUAUUAUGGAUCGGAUAAGCAAUGAUUCGAUAGCAUUUCCUCAUCGAAAAGGCAACCUAUAUAACAUUUUGUACAUUUCAUUUUGGGUAGAGGAAGAUGAUGAAAAUCGGAUUUUGAGUUGGAUUAGGAAAGUUUACGAUUACAUGACACCUUUCGUAGCUUCUAACCCUAGGGCAGCUUAUGUAAAUUACAUAGACCUUGAUCUUGGAACAAUUGAUUUUACGGAUAAAGAUGAGGAUACUGAUAAAAAGGCUAGAGUUUGGGGGGAGAAAUAUUUCUUGGGAAACUAUGAUAGAUUGGUUAAAGUCAAGACCAUUAUUGAUCAACAAAAUGUAUUCAAUCAUAUACAGGGGAUUCCCUCUUCUAGUGUACAAUAUCAUGAUGAGUUGUGAAUCAAAUGUACAUUAAUUUGUUUGAUGAAAUGAGAAAUAAUAAUCCAAUGUUGUUUGA